AUGAAGAUUUCCCAUUCCCUUUUCCUAUUUCCGUUCAGGACCAACAAACGAAUACCAUCACACUGCUUCGUCGAGUAUGCAACACACAACCUCCCAUCAGCGUUUCCUGAAGACUUUGCUGUAAUACCCAGUGAUGGUCCUAUUUUUGACAAGUCACUGAAAUUGAUUGGAUACUUUGUGUCUGUUCCCUCGAAGAGAACAUUAUCACUGGAUUCGGACGAAGUCGAAAGUGUUGCCCAGGUGAUAGAAACGAACUGCAAUCGAAUAAAAAAGGAAGGCAGUGGGCUGAAGAUCAUGUGCUUGUCGUCAUCGGAAAUUACGAAGUAUUAUGAUAUUAUUGUCACACUCUCGUCUUCCACGCUGCUCUCGGUGGCGAUAUCGGUCGUAAUAAGUCUGGUGGUCGUCAUCGUGUGUACACGUCGUCUGAUUCUGUCAAUAGUGAGCGUCAUUGUCAUCAGUUGCGUCAUUCUCUGGACCACUGCUGCACUUAUAGUUCUAGGCUGGGAAUUGAGUGUUGUGGAGUCGACGAUUAUUGUGCUUACGAUAGGUCUCAGCUUUGACUACAGUCUUCAUUUUGCCGUAUCCUAUCGAGAUGAAAUCGAGAAGGAGAUCAAAAACCGGAUAAGAGAAAUGUGGUGGUGGAAAAUACUCUUGAAAACUUUUCAGUAA